GUUAGAUUAGGAAAACUUGGAUUAAAACAGGAUAUAAUUCAAGCUAAUAAACUUAUUGAAGAUGCAAAAAAUUAUUAUACCGAGGAUGAUUUGAAUCGUUUUUCUAAGAUACAUGAUUCUCUUUUACAUACUCAUCAAUGGCAACCUGUUGAAUUAAAGAAAGAUCUUGUUAUUAUGAAUUGCAAGAAUUUGGAAGUGAAAUUAAACUUUGACAUAAAUGAGAACAAAAUAUUAUCUCUGGAAUUAUCAAAUUUAAUUAGUAAUGAUAUGAACAAUGAAGAGAAGAAAUAUUGUAAUCUGUUAAUAUUAGGAUUACAAAAGAUGAUAUCAAGGAAUAUAGCAAAAUCUUUACAACAAAUCAAUGAGGUGUCAAGGAUCUUGCAAGAAAUUAAAACUUAUUGGAAUAAUGUGUACCAAAUUUAUCAAGAAAUAUUUAUCUUAAGGCUAAAAUUUCCAACUGAAAUACUUAAAGCCAUGCCUGAUUUAGAAACAGAAUUGUUAAUUAGUCCUAAAGAAGAUUUCGAAAGUAAAGUUUCUAAUCCUAUGAUAGAGGAAGGAACAGACAAUCAUGAUAAAUUAAAGGUUGCAAUUGAUUUAAUGGGUGAUCACGCUGUUACUGGAGAACUUUUAAAACCGUUUGACAGCUUAAUAAAUGCUGUCAUGGAAUUAAUAAGAAAGAACUAUGGUUCAUUUGAAGAUGCACAAUAUAACAGAAAAUUUUGUAACUGUUUACUUGAUCGAAUAGAAUUCAUUGAACAACCUAUGAAAAACUUGAGAGCACGUAAAAAUUUAAUGAUUCUACUUUUGAUAGAUCAAAAUUAUUACGAUACUUUAUUGUGUCUAAUUGCAAUUUUGAAAGAAUCACAAAGAUUAAUCAACGAGAUAUCGUUUCUUUGGAACUUACGUAAAUUUAGAGCCACUAAUGAUAUUAAAAUUCAUUUUGAAAGAGUUACAGAAGAGUUUGAUAAGGUUUUAUCAAAGUUAAAUUUGGAGAAACCUUUUGAUUACGAAGCACAAAAAAAGAAAGAUCUAAAGGCUAUAGAAUAUGACAUUUCAACAAUGAAUAAGUUUCUUGAGAGUGUUGAAGGAUCUUCGAUAACAUUACCGAAUUCAAAUAUGGAAAUUAAUCCAAUUUUUGAAACGGUUACAUUGAUCAAAGCACGUUUAACUGAAGUUAACCCAAAUGAAAUUACAAUUAAACGGAUUCCACCCAAUGAAUUAAUAAGGAUAUACCAUCAUUUAUGUCGAAAAAAUGAUCAACCUGGCGGUGGUGGUAAUGUUAAAGUUAAAAGAUGGUUGUGUGGUGAAAAGGGAAAACAAUCAUAUUCUGGCAUAAUUAGAGCUGCUUGGCAAAAUGAUCCAUUAUUACGACCAUAUCUUUAUUUAAUAUUCUUAAAACUUGAUGAAUUAUCUAAAGAUAAUCCAAUUGAGGAAGGAUCAUCAUUAUCAGCUAUGUUAAGAUUUCAAAAAUAUGAUGAUAGUGAUCAAGUGGUUGAAAUAAUUUAUGAUGAUAAUGAGGUGGAAACCAAAAACGAAGAAGAAAUACUGCCAGUUAAUAAAGAUUCAAAUCUUGAUAUUGUUCCUGUUGUAAGUAUUUAUUUGGCACUUAAUUUUGUAUUACAAUUAUAA